GCUGGCGCUGAGAGCGGGGGAGAAGGCCGGUUUGAGGAGCUCCGGGGCCAGAGCGGAGGGGAAGGCUGAAGUGAGGGCGAGAGCUGGCGUUUCCCAACCGUGUCGGGAGGCCGGAUUGCGGCCGAGGCUGGGCAACGAAGGGCAGAGAGCCCGCGCCCUUAGCGAGCCGGCUCCCUGAUUCCCCCGUUGCCCCUUCUCUGGCGAGCGGGGAAGGGAGCCGGGUGCGGCUGUUCUUGAAGACGUUUCCUCGGAAACAUUUGAAGUUCCCUUGCCCGUCUCUUGUCCCGUGUCCCCGAGCUUGUUUUGGAGGUGCACAGUCCAGUUCCUCCUCCUGUCAGUUGCCUCCGUAGACUGAAGAAGAAAGUUCCUGAGCCACAGAAAACGACACCAAUAACUCAUGAGAUGGCCACAGAUGAUAAGGCUUCCCCAACAUUGGACUCUGCUAAUGAUUUGCCGCGGUCUCCUACUAGUCCUUCUCAUCUCACACACUUUAAGCCUUUGACUCCUGAUCAGGACGAGCCUCCUUUUAAAUCAGCGUAUAGUUCUUUCGUCAAUCUCUUUCGAUUUAACAAAGAGCGCGCAGAAGGGGGCCAGGGAGAGCAGCAGUCUCUAGCUGGAAGUUGGGCCAGCCCUCAGCUUCCUUCAAGAACACAGUCUGUGAGAUCACCUACACCUUAUAAAAAACAGCUUAAUGAGGAACUUCAGCGACGAUCUUCAGCAGUAUUAGAAGAGAACAGUUUGCAACAUCCCCAGGAGAACACAGACACGAGAAGGAAAGCAGAACCUACCUUUGGAGGUCAUGACCCUCGUACAGCUGUUCAGCUUCGAAGCCUCAGCACAGUAUUAAAACGCCUCAAGGAAAUCAUGGAGGGGAAAAGCCAGGAUAGCGACCUGAAGCAAUACUGGAUGCCAGAUAGCCAAUGUAAAGAAUGCUAUGACUGUAGUGAGAAAUUUACGACCUUCAGGCGCAGACACCAUUGCCGACUGUGUGGGCAGAUUUUUUGCAGUCGUUGCUGUAAUCAAGAAAUCCCUGGAAAAUUUAUGGGCUAUACAGGGGACCUCCGAGCUUGUACAUACUGUAGAAAGAUAGCUUUAAGUUAUGCUCAUUCCACAGACAGUAAUUCCAUUGGGGAAGACUUGAAUGCUCUUUCUGAUUCUGCUUCCUCUGUGUCUGUACUGGAUCCAAGUGAACCUCGAACACCUGUUGGAAGUAGAAAAGCUAGCCGCAACAUAUUUCUAGAGGAUGAUUUUGCCUGGCAAAGUUUGAUUCAUCCAGACUCUUCAAAUACUCCUCUUUCAACAAGACUUGUAUCUGUUCAGGAGGAUGCUGGGAAAUCUCCUGCUCGAAAUAGAUCAGCUAGCAUUACUAACCUGUCACUGGAUCGAUCUGGUUCUCCUAUGGUAUCUUCAUAUGAGACAUCUGUCAGUCCCCAGGCUAACAGAACCUAUGUUAGGACAGAGACCACUGAGGAUGAACGCAAAAUUCUUCUGGACAGCGUUCAGUUAAAGGACUUGUGGAAGAAAAUCUGCCAUCACAGUAGUGGAAUGGAGUUUCAGGAUCACCGUUACUGGCUGAGAACGCAUCCCAAUUGCAUUGUGGGAAAAGAAUUAGUCAACUGGUUAAUCCGAAAUGGACACAUUGCUACGAGGGCACAAGCUAUAGCCAUCGGACAAGCAAUGGUCGACGGACGUUGGCUGGAUUGCGUCAGUCAUCACGACCAGCUUUUCAGGGAUGAGUACGCGCUGUACAGACCACUGCAGAGUACAGAAUUCUCCGAGACCCCUUCUCCAGACAGUGACUCAGUGAACUCUGUGGAAGGACACUCUGAGCCAUCCUGGUUUAAAGACAUAAAGUUCGAUGACAGUGACACGGAACAGAUAGCUGAAGAAGGUGACGAUAAUUUGACUAAUUCUGCCAGUCCUAGCAAGCGCACAUCAGUCAGCAGCUUCCAGUCCACAGUGGACAGUGACUCAGCCGCUUCCAUCAGCCUGAACGUGGAGCUGGACAACGUGAACUUCCAUAUCAAGAAGCCCUCCAAGUACCCACAUGUGCCCCCUCACCCUGCUGACCAAAAAGAGUAUUUGAUUUCUGACAAUGGAGGACAACAACUCUCGAUAAGUGACGCCUUCAUCAAAGAAUCCUUAUUUAAUCGUCGAGUUGAGGAGAAAUCCAAAGAGCUCCCUUUCACACCUUUGGGCUGGCAUCAUAACAACCUGGAGCUGCUGAGGGAGGAGAAUGGAGAGAAACAAGCCAUGGAGAGGUUGCUUUCAGCUAAUCAUAACCACAUGAUGGCACUACUCCAACAGUUGCUCCAUAAUGAGUCAUUGUCACCAUCUUGGAGGGACAUCAUCGUAUCACUGGUCUGCCAGGUUGUUCAGACAGUCCGACCUGAUGUCAAGAACCGGGACGAUGACAUGGAUAUCCGUCAGUUUGUCCAUAUUAAAAAAAUUCCAGGUGGAAAGAAGUUUGAUUCUGUGGUUGUCAAUGGAUUUGUUUGUACCAAAAAUAUUGCACAUAAAAAGAUGAAUUCUUGUAUUAAAAAUCCCAAAAUUCUUCUGUUGAAGUGUUCCAUCGAGUAUCUCUACAGAGAAGAAACUAAAUUUACUUGCAUUGAUCCUAUUGUGCUUCAGGAAAGGGAAUUCUUGAAGAAUUAUGUUCAGCGAAUAGUUGAUGUUCGACCCACCUUGGUUCUAGUUGAAAAAACAGUAUCUCGGAUUGCCCAAGACAUGUUAUUAGAACAUGGCAUUACUUUGGUCAUUAAUGUAAAAUCACAAGUUUUAGAACGAAUCAGUCGGAUGACCCAAGGUGAUUUAGUAAUGUCGAUGGACCAGCUGCUUACAAAACCCCACCUGGGCACCUGUCACAAAUUUUAUAUGCAGAUGUUUCAGUUACCUAGUGAGCAAACCAAAACACUGAUGUUUUUUGAAGGCUGUCCACAGCACCUGGGUUGCACGAUCAAGCUUAGAGGGGGCUCUGAUUAUGAGCUGGCUCGAGUUAAGGAAAUCCUAAUAUUUAUGAUCUGUGUAGCUUACCAUUCGCAACUAGAAAUCUCCUUCCUCAUGGAUGAGUUUGCUAUGCCUCCUACGUUAACACAGAACCCUUCCUUCCAUUCUCUGAUCGAGGGGCGGGAGGAUGAAGGGACUGCACAGGAGCCAUUCAGCGGAAGUCCCCGCACCCGGGAGCCCGACUUCCCGGCAGAGCUUCUGCCCUCCGAGGACGGCAGUUUGCUAGAACCGAGGACCGUGUUUGAGAAGGGCGACCAGGAAAAUAAAAGCGUGACCCAGGAUGCUGCCUCUUUGAAGCAUCAAGAGUAUGCCUCGACAGCUUGCACGGCAGGUAUCCCCUGUGCCCUCUUUCCAUCGGUCCCGGAGUCACUGUUGCCGCUCCACGUGGACGACCCGCAGGAUGCCCUGGGCAUGGAGCAGCCGGAGCCCUUGCAGCACGCGGAUGAGCUACAGGAUCCCAAAAGCCCGAUGAGAACCUUUAGAGACCCUUUACAGGACGACACUGGAUUGUAUGUGACCGAGGAGGUUACCUCUUCUGAAGAUAAACGAAAGACUUAUUCUUUGGCCUUUAAACAGGAAUUGAAAGACGUGAUCCUCUGUAUCUCCCCAGUAAUCACAUUCCGGGAGCCCUUCCUUCUGACUGAAAAGGGGAUGAGAUGCUCUACCCGAGAUUAUUUUGCCGAGCAGGUGUACUGGUCUCCUCUCCUCAAUAAAGAGUUCAAGGAAAUGGAGAGCAGACGGAAGAAGCAGCUGCUCAGGGAUCUCUCCGGCCUCCAGGGCAUGAAUGGGAGCGUUCAGGCCAGGUCUAUUCAGGUCUUGCCCUCGCACGAGCUAGUGAGCACUAGGAUUGCGGAGCAUCUUGGGGAUAGCCAGAGUUUGGGUAGGAUGCUGGCUGAUUACCGGGCCAGAGGAGGAAGAAUUCAGCAAAAAAAUGCAGACCCUUUUGCUUAUUCAAAGGAAGUACCUGGUACAGCAAGCGGCAGAUCAGGAAGCAGAAUUGAGGGUGAUGAAGAGAAGGGGUUGAUUCCGAAUGACGCGGUGUGGUCCACAAAGGUGGACUGUCUGAGCCCCGUGAACCACCAGAGACUGUGUGUGCUCUUCAGCAGCUCCUCGGCCCAGUCCAGCAACGCCCCCAGUGCCUGCGUCAGUCCUUGGAUUGUAACGAUGGAAUUUUAUGGAAAGAAUGAUCUUACAUUAGGAAUAUUUUUAGAGAGAUACUGUUUCAGGCCUUCUUACCAGUGUCCUAGCAUGUUCUGUGACACCCCCAUGGUGCAUCAUAUUCGGCGCUUUGUCCAUGGCCAAGGCUGCGUGCAGAUAAUCCUGAAGGAGCUGGAUUCUCCAGUGCCUGGAUAUCAGCAUACAAUUCUUACCUAUUCCUGGUGCAGAAUCUGCAAACAGGUAACACCAGUUGUUGCUCUUUCCAAUGAGUCCUGGUCCAUGUCAUUUGCAAAAUACCUUGAACUUAGGUUUUAUGGGCACCAGUACACUCGCAGAGCCAAUGCUGAGCCAUGUGGUCACUCCAUCCACCAUGAUUAUCACCAGUAUUUCUCCUAUAAUCAGAUGGUGGCAUCUUUCAGUUAUUCUCCCAUUCGGCUUCUCGAAGUAUGUGUUCCACUCCCCAAAAUAUUCAUUAAACGUCAGGCCCCAUUAAAAGUGUCCCUUCUUCAGGACCUGAAGGACUUCUUUCAAAAAGUUUCACAGGUGUAUCUUGCUGUUGAUGAAAGACUUGCAUCUUUGAAAACGGAUACAUUUAGCAAAACGAGAGAAGAAAAAAUGGAAGAUAUCUUUGCACAAAAAGAGAUGGAGGAAGGCGAGUUCAAGAACUGGAUCGAGAAGAUGCAAGCGAGGCUCAUGUCUUCCUCAGUGGACACCCCUCAGCAGCUGCAGUCUGUCUUUGAGUCCCUCAUUGCCAAGAAGCAAAGUCUCUGCGAAGUGCUGCAAGCUUGGAAUAACAGAUUACAGGACCUUUUCCAGCAGGAAAAGGGUCGAAAGCGACCUUCAGUUCCUCCAAGUCCUGGAAGACUGAGACAGGGGGAAGAAAGCAAGAUAAGUGCGAUGGAUGCAGCUCCAAGAAAUAUUUCUCCAGGACUUCAAAAUGGAGAAAAAGAGGAUCGCUUCCUAACAACCCUGUCCAGUCAGAGCUCCACCAGUUCUACCCAUCUCCAGUUGCCUACUCCACCAGAGGUCAUGCCUGAACAGCUGGGGGCAGGGCCCCCUGACCUCGACACAGCCAGCAGCUCUGAAGAUGUGUUUGAUGGACAUUUGCUGGGAUCCACAGACAGCCAAGUGAAGGAAAAAUCAACCAUGAAAGCCAUCUUUGCAAAUUUGCUUCCAGGAAAUAGCUAUAACCCUAUUCCAUUUCCUUUUGAUCCAGAUAAACACUACCUAAUGUAUGAACAUGAACGGGUGCCCAUUGCGGUUUGUGAGAAGGAACCCAGCUCCAUCAUUGCUUUUGCUCUCAGUUGUAAAGAAUACCGAAAUGCCUUAGAGGAAUUAUCCAAAGCUACUCAGCGGAGCAGUGCCGAAGAAGGGCUUCCAACAAACAGUACUUUAGAUAGCAGACCAAAGAGUAGCAGCCCUAUUAGAGUACCCGAGGUCAGUGGAGGACAGACAAACCGUACAGCAGAAGCAGAACCACAGCCAACCAAAAAGGCUUCUGGAAUGCUGUCCUUCUUCCGAGGGACAGCAGGGAAAAGCCCUGAUCUCUCUUCCCAGAAGAGAGAGACCUUACGUGGAGCAGAUAGUGCUUACUACCAGGUUGGGCAGACGGGCAAGGAGGGGACGGAGAGUCAAGGCAUUGAGCCUCAAGAUGAGGUAGAUGGAGGAGAUGCACAAAAGAAACAACUUAUAAAUCCUCAUGUGGAGCUUCAAUUUUCUGAUGCAAAUGCCAAGUUUUACUGUCGCCUGUACUACGCGGGAGAGUUUCACAAGAUGCGCGAAGUGAUUCUGGGCAGCAGUGAAGAUGAUUUCAUUCGUUCUCUUUCCCACUCGUCGCCCUGGCAGGCCCGCGGGGGCAAAUCAGGAGCUGCCUUUUAUGCAACUGAGGAUGACAGAUUCAUUUUGAAGCAGAUGCCUCGUCUGGAAGUCCAGUCUUUCCUCGACUUCGCACCGCACUACUUCAAUUAUAUUACAAAUGCUGUUCAACAAAAGAGGCCCACUGCAUUGGCUAAAAUUCUUGGAGUUUACAGAAUUGGUUAUAAGAAUUCUCAAAACAACACUGAGAAGAAGUUAGAUCUCCUUGUCAUGGAAAAUCUUUUCUAUGGGAGAAAGAUGGCACAGGUUUUUGAUUUGAAGGGUUCGCUUAGGAAUAGAAAUGUAAAAACCGAUACUGGGAAAGAGAGUUGUGAUGUGGUCCUGCUGGAUGAAAAUCUCUUAAAGAUGGUUCGAGACAACCCUCUGUAUAUCCGUUCUCAUUCCAAAGCCGUGCUGAGAGCCUCGAUCCGUAGUGACUCCCACUUUCUUUCUAGCCACCUCAUUAUAGACUACUCUUUGCUGGUUGGACGAGAUGAUACUAGCAACGAGCUGGUCGUCGGAAUUAUAGAUUAUAUUCGAACAUUUACAUGGGACAAAAAGCUUGAGAUGGUUGUGAAAUCAACAGGAAUUUUAGGAGGACAAGGCAAAAUGCCAACUGUGGUCUCUCCGGAGUUGUACAGGACUAGAUUCUGUGAAGCGAUGGACAAAUAUUUCCUGAUGGUUCCAGACCACUGGACGGGUUUAGGUCUGAACUGCUGAAAGGGAGCACGUGAUUUUGAAAUGGACCGUGAAUGAAAGGGGCCCGGAACAAAGGACCAAAAAUAAGCUACAUGUUUUAUUUCUUCAUCACAUUCACCAUUGUAUGCCAAGGCCUUCCCGUUCUGUGGUCGUGUG